AACCCAGAUAACACCUCUUGUAUUACAAGCCCUCAUAGAAAAGUAAAACCCUUUCAUAUUCUCAAUCUCUUGCCACUGAUACCUCCAUUCAAGCUUUUUCCCCUGAAUGAAGUAAGGUAAGUUUAGCACAAAGCGAUCUGAAGUGGAGGGCGAAUCAAGGGAUUAAAAGAGGGCCAAAGUUGAUGAUGGAUAUGCCAUCGGGAGUCUCGGCCCUGAGUGAUAGUUUCAAGGGAAAUAUCUUUCCUCAUACACACACUUCACCAUGUAACACAUACCGGCACGCGAGAAGUGCCAAGCAAAUCAGACGUCGGAGUUCAGGCGAGAGAUAGCAAUAUGGGUUUGAAGGAGGAGUUUGAGGAGUAUGCUGAGAAAGCCAAGACCCUGCCGGAGAAUACCUCAAACGAAAGCAAGCUUAUUCUCUAUGGGCUGUACAAGCAGGCCACCGUUGGACCAGUGAACACCGGCCGUCCUGGAAUGUUCAGCAUGAAGGAGAGAGCAAAGUGGGAUGCAUGGAAGGCUAUCGAAGGAAAAUCCAAGGAGGAAGCAAUGAGUGAUUACAUAACCGAAGUGAAACAGUUGCAGGAAGAAGCUGUGGCAUCUGCCUGAUGUUGUCUUCUAAAUUGUAGUAACUAAAACAAGCAUCUGCAGUUUUCAAACUGGAAAUGUGUUGCCUUGAUUCCUUAAAUAUGUUCAUUUUCUUGUGUUUGUUAAUUUGAGUUGGCCAAAAUUCUUGAACCCAAUACAGUGCCUGCUUUAACUUAGCUUAAAAAAUAGGCUAAGCUGCUUAUUUAUGUUCAAAUAUAUGGAGGGCCGGUUUGGAUAGUAA